AUGCCUCAGUGGUCUGGACAGGUUGCUGCUUGUAUCGCUCAAAGCUGCUCGGGCUCUGACGUUGCACUGGCAACUGCUUUGGCCAUUUCGUUGUGUUCUAAGGUUGGUGCUAACACAUGGAUGAUGCCUGCUUCUCUCUCCACUGCUCUUUCCAGUGCCGCACACGGAUUUGAGAUGACUCUCACCGUAGCCUCGACCCUGGCCGGAUCGUCUGGCUCUUCACAGUCGGGUUCUGUCACUACUCAGACCCCAUCUACGUUGUCUGUUGACUCUACUAGUGCUUCUUCCGGUUCGUCUGGUUCUUCCAGUUCUUCCGGUUCAUCUGGUUCUUCCGCAUCUUCCGCUGCUCCUGCCUCUUCCGCUUCAUCGGCCUCCUCUGCUUCCUCGACUCUGGCUGCUGCCUCUUCGAGUACUCAAGGAUCUUCCGCCAAUGGCGCCAUGCAGAAGUCCACCGGUGUUCUUGGUGCGUUUUCACUCGCUAUGUUGUUCGCUUUGUACCCAAUUGCCACCAUGUUGGCCCUCGUCUCUGCCGCUGACAACCCUUAUGCCACCUACCCAUCUGUGGCUAGAACCGCUUCCAUCAACGGUUUCGCUGACAGAAUCUACUCUUCUUUGCCAGAGUGUGCUAGACCUUGUGUGGAGCAAGCUACUUCCUCUACUCCAUGCCCAUACUGGGACACUGGAUGUCUCUGUGUCAUGACUACCUGGGCAUCUGACGUGGCCGACUGUAUCGCCAAGAACUGUAAGGGUUCCGAGGUCAGCCAGGCUACCUCUUUGGCCAUUUCUCUCUGUUCCGUAGCUGGUGUCUGGGAGCCAUACUGGAUCAUUGACUCCUCUGCUUCCGCUUCUUUGGCCGCUGCCGCUGCUGCCGAGGCUGAGACUACCGCCGAAGAGGCCACCAGCACCACUCUGUCCGCUGAGGCUCCAAACACAUCUGCUAACGCUGAGACCACCGCCGAGGAGACCACCUCUACUGCUGCUGAGACUACUGCUGAGGAGACCACUUCCGCUGCUGCCCAGACCUCCGCUGCUGAGACCUCCUCUGCUGCUGCUCAGACCUCCGCUGCUGAGACCUCUGCUGCUGCCUCUUCUGCCGCCGCUGCUGAGACCUCCGCUGCUGCUUCUUCUGCUGCUGCUUCCUCUGCCGCUGAGACCUCUGCCGCUGCCUCUUCUGCUGCUGCUUCCUCUGCUGCUGAGGCCACUACUGCUGCUGCUUCUUCUGCUGAGGUCGUCUCCUCCUCUGCUGCUGCUGCUUCUUCUGCUCCAGCUGUCACCACUGCUAAUGGUGCUGCUGCCGCCGCCGUCGCUGGUGCUGCCGGUGUUGCCGCUGGUUUGGCCAUGCUCUUGUAA